CCCAUUGGAGAUGCUCUAAAACGGACUGCCCUUUUUCUGGUCCAAAUAAAAGAAAGCUAAGAAAAGUCACCGGCCGCGUCAGACGGAUAAGCCUGUUAAAUAUAUCAAGUAAAUCCCAUGAAGCAAAUGCAGAAAGCAUGGAAAAAAUGAAGUUGCUUAUGGUGGUGGUAGCAGUAGUCAUAUUGUUGACGACAGUUGAAGGUGCAGGGAAGAAGAAGAAUUGCAGUGUGAGUCGGUGCAGCGAUGGAGGCCCGGGAAUUCACUUUCCGUUCUGGCUCAAACAAAAUAACAGCGCUCCUCAUCCUGCAGAUGAUUGUGCCUACUUGCCUGAAUUUCAACUUCUUUGCGGUGGCGAUCCUCGCAGAAGAGGAGAAUAUCAAUCACGCAAGGACUUAACCUUAGUGGAGUAUCAACACACAGUGAACACAUCAAUUCAGGGACUCCAUCUCUCUUUUAAGUACAAGGCAGUUGUUAGUGUCAUCAAUUAUAGACUCCGAGUUUUAGUUAUGGAUACCCCAUUUCUUGUAGAUGUAAUACCAAGUUCAGUAGUAUUAGCUAAUUCCUCAUCUACUUCCUACCAUCUUCCUUUCAGUACAUAUACUUAUGAUGAUUCAUAUAUUUGUUACCGAACUUACGCUUGUAUAUAUGCUAGAUAUGCUAGAGAUUAUCAGCUUUUCGACAAAGACCCCUUUGGAUGUAAUUAUGGUUAUAGCAGCUACACCUAUUACACUUUUUUCAAUUGUUCCUCUUCAUCACCACUCAUCAAGAAUUAUGAAUAUCCUACAAUCAUCGUCAAUUCCCUCAGCACCAAAGAUUUCAAGGUUUAUGCUUAUUCUUCAGCUUCUCCUACAAUCGAUGUGUUGGACAAUAUACGAUCUUGCACUAAGAUGUACGAUAUUUCAACUAAGCUCGACCAAUCUUCACAGUUCUGUGCCUCCCCAUUUUACGCACGGGAAUCAUUGAGUUGGUCCAAGAAUGUAGGUGGUAGAAAAUGUGAAGCUGCGCGAGAGAGUUGUAAUUAUGUUAAGAGUAAUAGUGACACAGAUUUUCCAUACUUCCAACCAUCCACCGGAGAUUCAGGUCGUGCAAUUGCCAAACUACUUGUAGCUGUUUUAUUGCCAUGCAUCUUCUUGGUUGUACUUGGCCUUAUCGUCUGGUAUCACUUUAUCCGAUUAAAUAAACAAAAGGAGGAGGAUGAGUUGAAGAUUAAAAUGUUUAUGGAGAACUAUAAAGCGCUCAAGCCAACAAGAUACUCCUAUCGUGACAUCAAAAGGAUCACAAAUAUGUUCAGGCAUAAAUUAGGCCAAGGAGGUUAUGGAUCCGUAUUCAAGGGACACAUUUCAACUGAUAUUCCAGUCGCUGUGAAGGUUCUUCAUAUUGAUUCCAAAGCAAAUGGUGACGACUUCGUCAACGAGGUUGGUACUAUAGGUAAAAUUCACCAUGUCAAUGUGGUUCGACUGCUCGGGUAUUGUGCUGAUGGAUGUAAUCGAGCUCUAGUUUAUGAGUUUCAACCUAAUCAUUCACUAGAAAAGUUCGUUUACAGAAGAGAGAAACCACAGAAUUUCAUAGGUUGGAAGAAAAUGCAAAAAAUUGCUCGAGGUAUAGCCAAGGGGAUGGAGUAUCUUCACUAUGGAUGCGCACAACAGAUCCUCCACUUUGAUAUUAAACCGAACAACAUUUUAUUGGACAAGAAUUUCAAUCCCAAAAUCGCGGAUUUUGGAUUGGCUAAGUUGUGUAACAAAGGACAGAGCAUGGUGUCCAUGACUGCGGCUCGGGGGACUAUUGGCUACAUUGCACCAGAAGUGUUUUCAAGGAAUUUCGGAAAAGUUUCAUCCAAAUCAGAUGUUUACAGUUUUGGAAUGUUGUUACUUGAAAUGGUUGGAGGAAAAACCAAUGAUAUGACCACAGAACAGAACGCCAGUGAUGUAUACUUUCCCGAAUGGAUUUUUCAUAGGCUUGAGAAAAAUGAAGAGUUGGUGAUCCAAAUGGAAAAUGAAGAUGACAGUAAGAUAGCAAGGAAGUUAACGAUUGUCGGACUUUGGUGCAUUGGGUGGCAUCCGAUAGAUCGGCCAUCGAUGAAGGUUGUGAUUCAGAUGUUAGACGCUGAUGAAUGUCCUGCCAUGCCACCAAAUCCUUUUAGCACCCCUGCUUCAGGAAAUGCCACACAUGCAAAAUCAUUGUUUGGUGAAAGGCUCCAUGUCAUUUCUGAAGCAGAGUGACACAUUAAAUUGCCUAUGAGCCUGUGACUAAUAAACCAAAAGAGGAGUGCAAUUGGCAGGGACUUUCGCCAUUACUGUUAUGACUUCAAUUCUGUAAUGUAAUUUUUGAAUAUAUGUGUGUAGUUUGUGUAAAUCAAAAUAAAGAGCAAAUCAUGUAUAAUUCAUAUUAUUUUAUAUAUAUAGGCAGUAUAUAUAUAUAAUUUUCAAGCAUUAGAAUUA